UAAAGGUUUCCGUCUCAAGAGUCUCCGAGGCCAAAGCCCUACGAUUCAUCUUCUUCCCAGCGGCGGCAGCCUCCACCAAUCUCCAGCAGCCUUUCUUUGCAAGGAUGGUGAGAGUCAGUGUCUUGAAUGAUGCUCUAAAGAGCAUGUAUAAUGCAGAGAAGCGGGGAAAGCGACAGGUUAUGAUCAGACCUUCCUCGAAAGUUAUUGUCAAGUUUCUUCUGGUUAUGCAGAAGCACGGAUAUAUCGGUGAAUUUGAGUAUGUAGAUGAUCACAGAUCAGGAAAAAUUGUGGUUGAGCUGAAUGGAAGGUUGAACAAGUGUGGUGUCAUUAGUCCUCGUUUUGAUGUUGGUGUCAAAGAUAUUGAGCCCUGGACUGCUAGAUUGCUCCCCUCAAGACAGUUUGGAUAUAUUGUCUUGACAACUUCUGCUGGCAUCAUGGAUCAUGAAGAAGCUAGGAGAAAAAAUGUUGGUGGCAAAGUUCUUGGUUUCUUUUACUAGUCACAGUUUUUCCUAAUGACGGGUUUGGAAUUUCUUAAUCAUGUUGAGGAUAUUUUUUUUGGUGCAUCAUGGAUCUUUUGUACUUGAAUAUUAUUUCUCUGCAUUGGUAUCCUAUUUUAUUUGGAGAGGUUGAAGCUUUUUAGCUACCAUAAUAUGAAGUUAUACUUUUUGAUUCACAA